AUGUCAACAUCCUCCGCCGUGAGGCACAUGUCCACACAAAUACGCGGCCCCGCGAUCCCGCGUGUCAACAUCCUCAAGAACACCGGUGUUUACGAAGACAUCAACCUCUCCCGCCGCCCCGAACACUUCACGAACAACAGAAACCGCGUCAGGGGACCUCAUUCAGUCGACGGCAGAGUCUCACCAAACACCCACUCCCUCGCCGACAGCAGGCUACCCGAAAACUACAACCCCGACGCAUCCUGUAUCAAGAUCUUCCCCCUCGACACCAAGACACUCCCCCGGGAUCUCCUCAACCUCCAACCAGAUCUCAAAGACUCGAUCGUUGAGGUCAAACAACGACGCGUGACGAGGCAACUCGUGUCAAAUGGUGGAUUCUACAUCAAAUUCAAAUCCGCGCUCGCGGCCCGGGAAUGGUACAAAUCCUGCCCCGAAACCGCGAUCCCGAAUGCGUAUUCGAAGGGGAAGGCGACUAUCCGCCUCGUCGAAGACCGAACAAUGGAAGCGCAGAUCACUCCCGGCGAGGAGAAGGCUUACCCAUCAGGAACUUCAGUCAUCAUGCGUGGCUUCCCAGAGGGGACAUUGGCGUCUAUCGCCAAAGAACUGCAAAGGUUGGAAUUUGAAUGUAACUUGGGGGCGCGUGAUUUCUGGGGACUCAAGGGUGGGAAGGUCACCUAUUUGGUUCAUGUGAAGACGGAGGAGGAGGCGUGGAGGUUGGUUAGGACGUUUGAUCAGACGUAUUGGAUGGAAAAGAAGUAUGGACGGCAGGGGUUGUUGACUUGUGAGGUCGUAUACUAA